CAUGUGUGUUUUGUUUUGUCUCAUCAACCAAAUAUAUUAGUUUAAUAGUAGCGUUAUAUCUCCCUCUCUCUCUCUCGACGAUGGACCGCGACUCGUCGGACGACGACGCGGACCACCGGAACUUAAUCCCACGGAACGACAUCAGAGACAACAACAACAACAAUAUACGCCGCCGUGAAGACGAUCUUCAGUCCGUGACCACCACCGCCAUGGCCAGUAACAGGACAACCAGCGGUGGCACCAAUACUCCGAGAUCGACCUUCCAGAUCGAGGAAACCUUGUCCCGAUCCCGGAACCAUCGCAAAAACCUUGUCAUCGUCGUCGCUGCAGUCUCCCUAACUCUUCUCCUCCUCGGCGUUUUCUUCUUCUUAUUCACUGAUACUCCUCGUAGCAGCUUUAAACUUGAUCCACUCAAGGAAUCUGAGCUCCGCGCUCUGUAUCUUCUGAAGCAGCAACAGCGUGCCCUCGUCUCUCUUUUGAACCGUAACUCCUCGAACACGAUUGAUGAAUUAAACAAUGCUAUUUCACUGAGUAAAGAGAUCGAAGAGGUGAUUCUAUCACCACACAGGACAGGAAACUCCUCCUCCGUCUCUGGUCUCGGUACUUCAGACACUAGUAUUUACUUAUGUAAGAAAGUAGAUCAGAGCUUGUCAGAGAGGAGAACGAUCGAGUGGAAACCGAGACCAGACAAGUUCCUGUUCGCGAUCUGUCUCUCGGGACAAAUGAGCAACCACUUGAUAUGCUUAGAGAAACACAUGUUCUUCGCCGCGUUGCUGGACCGAGUCCUCGUGAUCCCGAGCCCUAAGUUUGAUUACCAGUACGAUAGAGUGAUAGACAUAGAUCGGAUCAACACUUGCUUGGGGAGAACCGUCGUCGUUUCUUUCGAUCAGUUCAAGAACAAGACUGCUCGUAUCGAUAGGUUUAUUUGUUACUUCUCGUCGCCGCAGCCUUGUUACGUUGACGAGGAGCAUGUUGAUAAGCUCAAGGGGUUGUUGGGGGUUACUAUUGGUGGGAAGCUCGAGGCUCCUUGGAGUGAGGAUAUAAAGAAGCCGAGUAAGAGGAGUUUUGGGGAGGUGGUGGAGAAGUUCAAGUCUGAGGAGGGUGUGAUUGCGAUUGGGGAUGUUUUCUACGCUGAUUUGGAGAGGGAUUGGGUGAUGCAGCCUGGUGGACCUAUUAACCACAAAUGCAAGACGCUGAUUGAACCGAGUAGGCUUAUUCUGUUGACGGCGCAGCGGUUCAUCCAGACGUUCUUGGGGAAGAAUUUUAUUGCUCUCCAUCUCCGUAGACAUGGCUUCCUCAAGUUCUGCAAUGCGAAAUCGCCAAGUUGCUUUUAUCCGAUACCACAAGCUGCAGACUGCAUAAGUCGGAUAGUGGAAAGAGCCAAUGCUCCAGUGAUCUACCUUUCAACAGAUGCUGCUGAGAGUGAAACCGGUUUGCUUCAGACACUAGUAGUCGUUGAUGGAAAAGUGGUUCCGCUUGUCAAACGUCCACCUCGCAACUCAGCGGAAAAGUGGGACUCGUUGUUGUAUAGACAUGGUAUAGAGGAUGACUCUCAGGUGGAUGCUAUGUUGGAUAAGACGAUAUGUGCAAUGUCGAGUGUCUUCAUCGGAGCAUCGGGUUCUACUUUUACAGAGGAUAUUUUGCGUCUAAGGAAAGACUGGGGAACUUCAUCUACGUGCGAUGAGUAUCUCUGUCGAGGUGAAGAACCAAACUUCAUAGCAGAAGAUAAAUAAAAAAAAAGUAAACACAUUCGUUUAACUUUUUUUUUCUUUUUUUCUGUUCUGAAUCCACUGUUCUUAUUUUUUUUACAUGUAUUAUAAUAGUUCCUUUAGUGUCAGAUUCUUUUGAUUAUUUUCGACAUAAAUUGCAUAGAUUGUGGACAUAAAACUGAAUUACAAAGGGGUAUGUUUGAGUU